GUUUCCAUACCGCAAAGUCAGGUGGUGUCUUAGAGUCCGCAAAACUCAUAUCGGGAGACGAUAAGAGUUUAAGUUUGUUACAAGAAUCUAAUCUCAUUAAUGAAGGAAAGUGGAUAUGUGCAGAAUCAUACGAGGAAAUACUCGCUUUAAUUCAAAACUAUGAAACAGAAACUGUGUCAAAGUUUUCAUGUUAUUCUGCUGACAAAAACUUUGGUAAUAUAGAAGCUUCUGUCAAACACCAUAAAAUAAGAUGGGAGGACGACUCUGUACCUUUUAAUGGUGUUCCAUUCGUGAUUGUAGGAAGUAAAGUCUUUGACUGUAUGCAUGGAAGAGAUAGAAAAGUAUCUUUUAAAGAAGAAUAUAAAAUGCGUUGCAAUGAUAGAAAGGUAUCUGAUCACAGUUACUUUAAAAGCUAUGAAAUGAUCCAGGACACAAAGAAAUUUAAUUGUAGUUCACAAAUAAAGAUCAAAGAAGUUUUAAAAUUUCCAGAUUUUAAGAUUAUAGAAGAUAGUAAAUGGAAAAGAGUAACCUCCUCCAAAAAAAUUCGAGAAGCAAUUUCAAAAAAUGAAGCAGUGGGACAAAAAAUAUUUUUAAUUUUUCUUCCAUCAAUGAGUUCUCACACUGGACACUUUACUGGAAAUGCUGCUGGUAUAUCCCAGCCAAUUGAUGCAAGAUUAAAAGAAGAAAUAUUUACAUCGUCUGAAUUUAUAACUAGUGUUGAUGAAAUGCGUAGGAGAUUAGAAAUCAUUGUGACAAGAGAAAUUUUUAAAAAUAGUAUAUGUCCAUCUAAAUCAAAUAAAAGGUUCUUCCCAUCCAAAAAAACUAUUCGUUCUUACAUGUUGGAAGCAAUAAGAAAGAAAAGGUAUUCAAAUAUUGACCAAGAAUGUCUUAUAAAAAAAGUAGAACAAUGGAAAGUUGAAAAUCCUCACAGAAAAUUUUACCUUCGACCUAAAGGGAUAAGUGAAAAUUAUGCAGUCAAAGUUGAAUGCUCAGCUGUCGAAAGCACCGAAGAUGAGGAUGAGAUUGUUGUAGAAGCAUUAAGCAAUAGUUUUUUAUUUGUUUAUCAAACUGAAGAAAUGCAGAGGUUGUUAAAAAUAUAUGGCAAUGAAAUUACCCUUUUGGAUGCCACCUACAAAACAACAAAAUAUUCUUUACCACUCUUUUUUCUUGUUGUAAAAACAAAUGUCGAUUAUCAGAUAGUAGGUACCUUUAUUUGUGAAGGAGAGUCAACGAAAAAUAUUCAAAGUGGUCUUGCUAAAAUAAAAGAAUGGAAUCCUAAUUGGAAUCCUUUAUAUUUUAUGGUUGAUUGUUGUGCUGAAGAAAUUAAUGCUAUUGAGUCUUUACAUCAAGAGUGCCAAGUUCUCAUAUGUGACUUUCAUCGGGAACAAGCGUGGGAACGUUGGUUUAAUAAAGUAAAUAAUGGUGCCAGUGACAUUAAAAUAGAAAUGCUAGCCAAGUUAAGGAAAGUUGCCAGAGCUCAAUCAAAUGUUGAUUUAGCAAAAGCUCUGGAAAACUUAAAAAAAUGUGAACAUUAUUUAAAUCCAAACCACAAAAAUAUGUUUAAUUGGCUUGAAAAGCAAUGGUUACCACAUAUUGAGAGGUGGGCAUACUUAUAUCGUAAAGACAGAUUAAUGGUCAGUAUCAAUACUAACAAUGGAGUUGAACGUCAAAAUGAAACCUUCAAACAUUCAUAUCUGAAAAAGCAUAGUAACUCUUGUUUAUCAACCAUGCUUACUAUUCUUAUUGAAAACUACUUUCCAGAUUUAUAUAAUAGGUAUUGUGAAAUUAAUACAAGACAAAGUGGAAAUUUCCGCCGAUAUAGUUCAUACUUACCCACAUUUUUGCAUCAUAGACCAAGACACUUUGUUAAACAUUGCUUGCAAAAGAUGUCUCUAGCUUCGCAUAUUGAUCUGUCUGGAGUUUUUGUAAAAGAGACAGGAAAAUUUGCAUGUUCAUCCUUUGCAAACUCUGCUGAGUUCCAUCAUAUUAGCUUUGGCGAUUCAGUCACUAUGCCGAAUUGCACUUGCCAAGAUUGGAAAAGAACUGGGUAUCUUUGCAAGCAUUUCUUUGCAGUUUUUAAUAAAUUUCCCUCAUGGUCUUGGUACAAUUUAUCCCAAUUAUACAUUUACUCACCAUUUUUGAACUUGGAUAAAGAAAUUUCUUUUGAAAGAAAACCUUUAUUACCACAAAAUGAACUGUUACUUACAAACAACAAAUUAGAAGACAGAGAAGCAGAUUGUGGCAUAAAAACAUUUGAUUUACUUCCCAAACAAAAUAAGUGGCUAAACACUAAGGCAUCCUUGUUUCGAGAACUAGCAAAACAGUUAAUUAAUGAAUCAUACCUUGUUGAAAAUGAAGAGAAAUUAGAUUAUGGAAUAGAUAUUCUAAAAAAAGUUAAAAAAUCAUUUGAUGAAUGCAUUCCAAAUGAACAAGGUAUUCAUUUACAGCCUGUUAAAAAUAAUAAACGUCAGUUGCAAGUAUUAAGCAUUCCCUUAAGAAAAAAAGUUGCAUUAUAUUCAGGGCGGCAUGGAAUUGGUGCAGAAAAGUUGAGAGCCUCAAGCAGUUUAAAAAUUGAAGUAAAUAAAAAUCAUGGAGUCCUAGUUAAAUCUGAAGAAAUAGAUGCAAGUGAAAAUAUAAUUCUUCAACCAGAUAAUACAGAAGAAAGUAUUGAAUGGAUUAUGUUAGACAACAACCUGCCUGUGAUACCACAAACUGAAAUUGAUACUAUUGAAAACAAUGAUAUGCUGACAGAUAUAAGUAUCAAUGCUGCCCAAAAAAUUCUUUUGAAUCAGUUUCAUAUGCAAUCUGGGUUUCAAGAUACAAUUUUAGGUGAAAAAUAUAUGUUUCGUGAGGAAAAGAAUGAUUUUGUUCAAGUAUUAUAUACUGGUCAAUAUCAUUGGAUUACCAUUUCUAAUGUGAAUUGUCCAGCAGACACAAUUUUCUACUAUGACAGUCUUUUCCAUGGCCAAGUAAAGGAUCAUGUUAAGCAGCAAAUAUGCAAUAUAUACAAAACAAAAGGGAAAAAAUUAACUAUCCAUGUACGCAAAUGUCAACAACAAACUAAUGGUGUGGAUUGUGGAAUUUUUGCAAUUGCUAAUGCAUUAAACAUACUUCACAAAUUUGAUAUUGGAGCUUUAUCUCUAGACAAAGACAAAGUUAGAAAACAUUUUAUUGAAUGCAUUAAAAAAAGACAUUUUUCUGCCUUUCCAGUUUGCCAAUCAAAAUCACGUUUCAAUGAAGAAAAAAUAAUCACUUUAGAAAUUUCUUGCUCAUGCCGUUCAAAUUGGGUAUGGUAUCAUGCAAAAAAUACUAAUCUUCAUAUGGUACAAUGUGAUAUGUGCAGCGAAUGGUACCAUAAAAAAUGUGAAAAUAUAUCUGAUGAGAUAUUCAAUAAAAUUAAUGCUGAUAAGUCAGCUUUAUCUGGUGAAUGCAUAACAGCUUACAAUUAUAAAUUAUUAGAGGAACUAUAA